ACGCAACAAUGCAAAAAAAUUGUAAUCUACAUUGUCAAACAAUGUGAAAAAUUGUAGCAUUUUUUUGCAAUAGUGAAAUUGUAUUUGUUUUAUAAUUUCGUGUAAAUAUUUGGAAAAUUCCAGACUCUUUCGUCGACCCAUAUUUUUGUAGAAAUUGGGAUAAAAUCCUCAUGGGAUUUGUGUGGAGAAUGGUUUGUUCUCCGAUGUGAGAGUUGCUGCGGGUUUUUGGACAUUUUGACCAUUUGUGCUAUUUCUAGAUCAUUUCUAAUACACGGAAAUUGGAUCACUUUUCUUUCGCAGCAUCCUUCGUUAUUCAACAACAUUUAAAGCAGUGACCAAUUUGUGAAGUGUAUUGUUGUGAACGAGUGAAGUGUAAAAAAAUCCUCCAUCUGUGCUGAUUUACUUUUUACAACAAUGCUAACGAGUAGAUUGGAACGGGCCUACAACACGAAUAACAAUGCCCCCACCCACGCCCCAGGAUUUCAAAUCGAUUAUCCUCCCCCACCACCACCAACGGCAAAAUUGGUGAGGAAUACAAAUCCCGGUGCAACAGGUGGGCCGCCACCCCUUGGCAAAGAAGUCCCUCCGCCACUCCCUCCAAAAAUGUAUGCAGCCCCACCUCAAAAUAACCACAACCCUUUGGCAGGCUUAUCUGGAGGAAGUAAAGACAGUCCUCCUCCCGUUUUAUACUCCCAGCCACACAUGAUGAUGCCGAAAGGGAGGAUGGUGACGGGAUCGGGCUUCGUCCUGGGAAAAAUGGGGACGAUCAUGGAGAAUCCGAGCGGGAGUGGUGGGAGUGGUGGUGAAAAUAUUAAUAAGGAUGUGAGUGGAACUUGGUCGGCGGGGUUGUCACCGGUGGAUUAUAAAGCCUCUUCACUGCUGGAUAGUCAUGACAGAUUCAAACCAGAGCGAAGUCAGCGUCGUCUGGUUCAAAGGAUGAAAUGGUCAAGUCAAUCCCGUUGGGGGAGGUCGCUCGCUGGAGAUCUAUUCUCGUACAACAUGGGACCAUCCACCCCGUUGGACAAGGAAAUCAAAUCAGGGGGAUUUUCACCCCAAGGAAAUAAUGGGCAUCCUUCAUAUUACGGACACAUUUCACUCCCACCGCUUCCCGUGGAAUCAGAAUCUCGUGUUUCGAGCAUGACGAUUGCCGAUGUUAGUCCCAGAUUGGCUCUUAAAAAGGUUUUGAUAUUAUACGAGCACGCCCAAUACAGAGAGGCUGCCUCCUUCAUAAAUCGUGUAAGCGUGGGAACAUUUCGAAUAAUUCUGCGAGAACUGCCGAUGGAUGUUUUCGUUGAAGCGAUGCCACAUUCGCUGCCCAUUUUAGAAGCGUUGUUUGCAAAGAUCUACAGUGCAGAAGGACCACGGGUUGAUUUACAAUUGCUAAAACCAGAACAUGUUAUCAUGCACAUGGUCAAAUUCUUCUCCAGAGAUGAUAACACUGCUACUCAGCCGAAUCGCAUGAGAAAGGACUCCAUCGGCCCGUUUACGCAAGGAUGUCGGAAAAUUCUGGGUGUAAUCGUCGUCUCUGAACCAUCUCUAUUAAAACGUAUGAAGGAGAGGGCAAAAAUCUUGGAUAAAAUAGUGGAAGGGAUGGGCCAACAUGGACUCGUGGGAACGAUGGACGAAUCAUUAAUGCCACUUCAUGACGCCCUGAAAUUGGAGUUUCAAAGGGUUGUGGAGACUUACAAGGGGGCUCUGCAGAAAUUGGAAGAACUUUCCCUCAGCAGUAACAAGUGUAGUACGAAAAAUGUGGCAAAAGGACCCGCUCCCGUCAGCUCGUCGCAUCAAAGACAACUUUCUUUGAGAUCCGAUGAAAUUCAAGAACGUUUAAUAAAGAACAAAAGCAUAUUGAACGCCGUGGAACCCACGCUUGACAACAAUUGUCUCGAUAUCCUGCUCGGAAUACUCCAACGCCGUGUCGAAGUGGACAAGGAAGCCCUCUUCCAAUUCACCCAAUUAAGAAAGGAAACUGGAGACGGGCACAGUUCCGAAGUCGCCAUCGUCGCACCAAUUCUUAUGCGAUAUUCGAGAGGGUUGAAAUUGGUUUUGGAGCUAAUGCGGGCCGUGGGGAAGGAGGUUGGUGCAUACGAACACGAUGGGGAGGAGGACUCGAGCGACCUGUCCGGUUAUCAUUCGGAUUCUGAUUCCGCCAUUAUGACGUCCGGAAAUUCUCCCUUCGUCACACCACGAGCCAGAUACAACUUCCUCAGCAGAUCAGUGCGAAGCAAGCAAGGGUUCCGUCCUUCACUAAUGCAAUCCACCUGGACGGGAGGGAACUUGCGACAAAUUGUAAAAAUGUCGGGACCAGGAUCUGCUAAAUCAAUUGGUGGGUCUAGUUUUGAUUCUUCCAUCAGCGGUGCAGGGGGUGGAGUGGGAGGAAAUUCGCCAGAUGAUUUAAUGAGGAGACAAAAUCCUACAACUACACCCAUUCGACCACGCCAUGUCAAGAUUAAAAAUCAAUUACAUAAAAAUUAUUCGCUUGGAAAGGUCUCCACGGCCUCCACGGAUUCAUCGACGAGUGGGUGUGGUGCGAGUCUCACGCCGUCGGAAGAAGACAGCAGCGUUGGGAGCAGCAGUCCUGCAGGGGAGCCAUCAACCACCACCGCCGCCGCCAACGGUGUCGAGUGUGUCGAGUGCAUCACGGUCGUCUCCGUCCCUGACAAUCAAGUGAUAAGUCAAGGGAUGAACCAUCGCUGUUCGAAACCCGGUCACGACAACAACCAAUCCAUCAGCCCAUCCUCAAAUUCUACGAGCAGCUCCACGGCGACGACGGAAAGCGACUUUGUUCAAGAUUUAAAGAGUGAAAUUGCUCAACUUAAACGCCAAUUAAUUUGUGCCAAUUCAACGAUUUAUCAAAUUCAAGAGAAAACCAGACAAACCGGCGGAUUGCUCAGAAAAGUACAAAUGGAACCAACCGCCGAACCAAUGGCAAAAUCGGAUCGAAAGGCGGAAUUAAUUCGUGAAUAUGGAUCGUUAUACGCUCAAGCCAGAGUGGAAACGAUGGACGCGUUGGAUAACAUGCCAGAACUUUUGGAAGCCGAUGAACUCAAAUCUAAAUUGUUGUUCUCCGUCGUUGUGCUGGCCUUCCGCUCCGUGCAAACCCGAUUGGCAGAAAUAAAAGAGCAAGUGUCGAACCUAUUACAAUUUGAACUGCAUUCCCAAUCGAACCUCCACGACGAUCAACUUCAACCAUGUCAAGGAAAACUUGUGGAAGCUUUGUCCGAUUAUUUACUCUCGUCACAACAAAAAUUCGAUCAGACGAGAUGCGUCGAGCACGUUGCGAGUCAACUAUGGACGACGCUGUAUGAUUAUCCGUGCCUAAGAAAAUGCGAAGGAUUGCUUAAAUACAUCACCAAAUGUGUCAACACGGCGUGGAGGCUUUCCAAUAUGACCCCACCUUGCAUUUUGGAUUACGAAACGAGAGCAUUUUCACGCACCACGCACGUCCGUUUCCAUUCUUCAGACCAAUCUUCAGAAAUUAUAAAAACCUAUCUCUGGCCGGCACUCAUCGAGGGCGGAAACGGGAUUUGCAUCCAUAAAGGAGUCGUCAUUACUUGAAAUUUGUUGAGAUUUUUUUAAAUAAAAUAAAGUGCAAUUUUUUUUAUGUUUUUUUACAAUAAAAAGAUGAGAUUUUUGACACG